AUGGAUUGUAAUCCAUUUUCGAGUGGUUCUAAUUUUGUUGAUCUUCUUCAAAGUCAACAAGAAAGUGUCUUUAGUGCAUCACAAGUUCCUUAUUAUGUAAAUCAAUCUACUGAAGAUUGCAACCUCGGUAAAGAGACUCCUGUUGAGCGUAGAGAAUGUAGGAAAUGGACUCCUUCAGAUGAUAUUUUGCUUAUCAGUUCAUGGCUUAAUACGAGCAAAGAUCCUGUCGUGGCAAAUGAGCAAAGAUCAGGUGCAUUUUGGAGGAGAAUUGCAGUUCCAGGGUGCGAACAGAGAGAGCCAAUGCACUGCAAGCAAAGGUGGCAGAAGAUCAACGACCUCAUAUGCAAGUUCUGUGGCUCGUACGAAGCUGCAACCAGAGAGAAGACAAGCGGACAAAAUGACACUGAUCUUCUCAAAAAAGCGCAUGAGAUCUUCUACAACAACCACAAGAAGAAGUUUACCAUUGAGUAUGCGUGGCUGGAGCUGCGAAAUGACCAGAAAUGGUCUGAUCUUUCAAGCUCAAAACAGUCUGCAAGUUCAAAAAAGAGGAAGUUGGACGACGGUGCACAAUCAUCAACAUCUCACGCGACUGAAAGCAAGAUGUCCGCGUGUGAUGAAGGCCUGAAUCAUCCCCGGGUGUGA